CCGGCCGGGACUCCGCUCGCGCCGAGCCUUUUUUUGUCCGAAGCUGCGCUGCGAGCGAGUCGAGUGAGGGAAGCGACUCGCGGACUCGCGAUCAGCCCUUUCGUGUUUUGCUACUCGCACUCGAUUACUAACACCCAAGUCGUCUCAUCGGGGUCCGGCCUUGGCAAGGCAACGAACGUAACCUCGGUCUGCGCGAGGACGCUCGCCUUCCCCAGCUAGGCAAGGCAAGUCGAGGGGACAAUGCUGCCAACGCCAACGCCGACGUCGAUGGCACCAGCAUGGCACGAUGCUCCACUAGGCCGGCUGCUCAACGCUGUCAGUCACGGACGGUUCUGCCCAGCGGUCGAGGAGCGCGAUGGGUGGGAGAUGCCCAGCGAGCUGGCUGCGCGACUUGCUGGUGAGGGAGAGUACGAGGAAAAGGUCGCCGGGGAGCAGACUGGCACGCUCAUUCUCGUCGACUGGUACGGUCCCACGGACCCGUCCAAUCCGUACAAUUGGAGUGCAGAGCACAAAUGCUACGUCACCGGCCUGGUGUCGCUGCUCACCUUCUGCGUCUACGCCAGCGCCUCGAUUGUAGCUCCUGCCAACCUCGGUCUCGAAGAGCACUUCUCCGUGCCCCCCAUAAAGGCCACGUUGAGUCUCUCUAUCUUCCUCUUCGGAAUGGGAAUCGGUCCGCUCAUCCUCUCCCCACUCUCCGAUCUGGGUGCGGUCGGCCGCUCUCACCCGCACUGGGCCGCCUCGCUCUGUUUCCUCCUCUUUAGCGUGGGAGCAGCAAGUACGGAGAGUUACCCGGCGUUGAUUGUACUGCGGUUCUUGGCGGGAUUUAUGGCCAGCCCGGCUCUCGCUGCGGGUGGGGCAGCGUUGGGGGAUAUGUGGAUGGGCAAGGCAUUGCCCAAGGCCAUUGCGAUUUGGGACACGGCGGCCUGUGCAGCGCCCUGCUUCGCACCCGCCAUGGCUGGCUGGGCGGCUAUGAACGUCUCGUGGCGUCUGCCCUACUGGCUCGCCGUAGCCUUGGCCGGCAUAGCAUUCAUCGACGUCACGGUGCUGUUGCCCGAGACUCUCGGGGCGAAUAUUCUGCAUCGUCGCGCCUCUCGCCUACGAGCCAUCACGGGGGAUGAGCGGCUACGUGCGCCAGAGGAGCUACGCGAGGGCAAGCUGCUAAGCUUCAUGGCUUCACGCAUCGUAGGACCCGCGCGCCUCUCGGUGGAGCCCAUCGUCCUGUACUCUGGCGUGCUCAUGGGACUCGAAUACGGCAUCUUCUAUCUCGCCCUCGAAGCCCUCCCUCUGAUCUUCGCCGAUAUCUACGACUUCAACAUCGGCCUGCAGACCCUCCCCUUCGUCGGACUCGGCGUCAACACCUUCUUCCUCUCCGGCCCGGCAUACCUCCUCUGGCUGACCUACUACGUGGAUCGGCAGCCCCGCCCGCUAUGUCCGGAGAUAUGGAUCAUCCCCUGCCUCGCCUCUGCCCCGCUCGUCAUCAUCAGCCUCCUCUGGACGGGCUGGUCAGCCAGAGAAGGGGUAAGCUACUGGUCCCCACUCCUCGCCCUGUCCCUCUAUAUUACCCCGGUGUACUUCGUCUUCCUCUCCGUCUUGACAUACCUGGCCACCAUCUACCCCGGACAAGAGGCAGCCUCCGCCCUCGCGGCGAAUGUCCUUCUUCGCUCAUCAAUAGCGGGCGUCUUCCCGCUCUUGUCCGGGCCCAUCUUUGGCAACCUCGGCUUGGGAAAGGGAUAUACGCUUCUAGCCGGCUUGUCACUUGCGCUCCUGCUCCCGCUGUGGGGAUUGUACAGGUAUGGGCACUGGUUGAGGGCACGAUCACCGCGAGCGGUUGGGGCUAGGCCGAAGAGGGGGGAGUAGUGCGGCGUGGUGAGAAGGGGGAGAGAGGAAGCCGAUCUAGCAUUGUGUGGGGCAUCGCAUCGCUAAUCUAAGCAUCAUCGCAAUGUGCA